AUGUCAGCCUUCAACUUCCAUGUCCCCGAACCCGCUGGGUUUCCUGGUUCUUCCGCUAGCAGGAGAAAUAACCAGUUUAUGGAGCUAGAGACCAUUUCAGGUCCAAUUGUACCAGUUGUGACUAAUACAAGUCGCUUGUUUGGCUCGAAUUUCAUGGUGGUUAGAGCUCCGGUUACGGAGUUGCCUUGGAGUCACCGUGCGGCUGAAAGGGCUGCGAAGAAGGCCAGGAAGAUCAUGGAGACGUUGAAGUUGGUAGAGGAAAGAAUUGGGGAGAAGCAGAAGAAGAAAGAGAAAGAAGCCAAGAAAGCGGCGAAAGAAAAGAAGACCAAGAAGUCGAAGGGCAGGAAGCUGGAGGACGCCUUCAGUCGGCUGGAGAUCUCGGAGAGCCUGGCGGGUCAGCUGAGCCAGUCCGAAUUGGACUGUCUUCGGAUGCCUCCGCCAGUUCGAAGAGCCAUCCGCCGAGCACUCAAGAAGUCAACUCUGAAGGACUUCAAGCAGAUGGUGAAGGAGGUAAGAAAGGAGUUCAAGAUGUUGGUCAAGGGAUUCAGCACGGCGGACAAAGCGUUCAAAAGGAAGAAUCUGGUAGAACACUACCAGAUAUGUCUUCAGAGGGUCGACUGGAUAAGGAUGAAGAUGGGGAAGAAGGCUAAAGCUUCUCAAUGCUUUUUUAGAUAUAAAAAUAUUCAUAUCACUUUUUUUUAA